UUUGUGUUAUAAAGAUUAAGAUAAAAAAAAAUCCAACAAGAAAUGUCAUGUUUUGUUAAAAAAUUGAAGUCAAUGAGGAAGAGAAUUACUGGUCUGAUACCUGAUGUAAUAUCACUAGUUAUACUGUUUGGUUAUACGGGACUAAAUGUAAGUUACUAUAAAUAAAGUCUAACGAUCUAGAAAUAGAUGUUGACCAAACCAAGCUUAACUUGUCAAAUGAAGUAAAUCAACGAAAUGGGUCAACACAAAUGUUUACUAAAUAACUAACGGUAUUCUGAUUGGACAAGGUGUACAUGAACACGAAUUCAAAGAUGUCAGCCAUUCUUGAAAGAAUCCGACGUCCACCAAAGGCCAAUUUCAAAGAAGAGUAUGGUGGGCACCUAUAUUUUCUGCACUUCAAAAGAUACCGCUCGGAUUGUGCAGAUUAUCUGGUCUGGGGAAAGAAUAAGCGGUUCGAUUGCGGCUUUUGUCGGUCGAAGAAGGUAUCUUCUGGCUUUUGUCGGUGGAAAAAGAUGUCUUGUGGCCCGCAUGUUAUUUGCAAUCCUACCAUUUACAGACGUUGUUUAAGCUGUAGCAGUUAUAGUUGUUUUUUAAUUAGAUACGAACCAGUUCGCUGGAAAAUUAAAGACAAGAUAAACGCGUCUAAUGUUCUGACGUUGAUUCUCAACUCUGUGGGGAUGCCAAAAAAUUUACAGAAAUUCAAGAUUGCAUCCGGUGGGAAAAUACCAAUAUUUCCUAGUGUUGUGGGCAGAUUUUCAAAUUUAUCUACAUUAAUUGUACGGCGAAACCAAAUAGAAGAACUGCCAGAUUGUUUAAGUGAUCUUAAGAACUUAACAGUACUGGAUCUCUCUGACAAUAGUUUAAGAUCCAUUCCUCAAACAUUACUCUUUCUACGUUUAGAGAGACUGAUUCUGAAGAAUAAUAGGAUUGAAAUCAUUUCUGUUGAUGUCUUGGAGAUGAUUUAUUUAGUAGAACUAAAUGUUAAAGGUAAUCCUCUCAGAGCCCCUAAUCCAUCCAUAUGUUCAAAAGGGGUUGAUGGAAUAUUUAAAUACCUAAGACAAGUAUCUGGAAUGAUGCCACAGAUCGGAGCACAAUCAAACGCCUAUGUGACUGUGAAUACCAAGAAAGAUGUCACAGAGAUCAUAGAAUUUCAUCCUAAAAUAAUAGCUCAAAACGCAUAUGACUGCAUUUUAAGUUCUAGGUUCUUCUCAGAAACACUUCAAGAACUUUUUAUUUGCGGUGUUAAAUGUCCGGUCAUUCCGCUAUCAAUUAGUCGUUGUGUUAAUUUAAAGAUGGUUGACUUUCACGAUAAUUAUAUCGUUACGAUACCAAUAGAAAUAGUUCAUCUCCAAAAACUAGAAAUUCUAAAUCUUUCUAACAAUUCCAUCACCACCAUCCCGCCGUACGUCGGGUUUUUAAGAUCUCUAAAGCGAUUGAAUCUAGCCUCGAACAACAUGACUCAGUUACCACUCUCGUUCUUAAAUUUAACACAACUUGAAGAUUUGGACUUAUCUGGAAACAACAUGACGUCACCAUCAAUGGAUAUUUGCUCUGGAGGAAUAUCGGCCAUUUUAACUGAGCUGAGGCGCUUACGUGUUCCUCGAGCCAAUACGUUCGCCGUGGCCACGCCCUACUUAGAGGAGUAUGAGGAGUCAUUAAAGACCCUUUGUGUACAUACUUUAUUAAAGUACAAGACCAGUUUGGAACUGGAUUUAGCGUCGCCAUUUCUUAAAAGACACAUAACACAAGAAGUGGACAAAAGAGGUCCUGUGAAAAUAAUGUCAUGCAAUAUUUGUCGAAAGUUGUUCUCAAGUGAACUUAAUUUUAUAAUGCAUGACUGUCACACAGACUUUGACAUGGAUUACGUUCUGACAGUAUUAAAUUCAAACAGUUAUUUUCGGAACAGCUGAUACCAUGUACUACAGGAAUCAUCUGUGACAAGUGACUAGUUCAGGUAACCAACAAUUUAGGAAAUGAAUGUCAGGGAGGAGAAAGGAAUGUUAGGGUCAGUUAGGGAGCAGUAUGGAUUGAUAGGGAGGCGAAAGGAAUACUAGGGUAGGGGGAGAAAAGAAUGCUAUGGACAGAACGUCAUGAUAAGGGAGGAGAAAGGAAUUUCAGGGAGGAGAGAGGGGUUCUAGAGGGAGGAUAAAGGAAUCUGUAAAGGAUUGUUAAGGGAGGAUAAAGAAAUGCUACGCAGGAGAAAGGAAUGUUAAAGGAGCUAAAUCGCUAACAUUUGGGACCUAGAAAUUCACAAAAGUGGGUCGCAACGCA